GGUAAUAUUUCCACAAAAGGUUUUUGAUUCUUUCAGGUCUGUUUUCAUCUACAACUCAAUAAAAUAAAUGCUUAAAUAAAUGUUCUAGUAACUGAAAGAUGAAAUAUACAGCACUGGGUGGUUUUUCCCUUAAAGUUAAAAACAUAAAAGUACAAAUACAUGUAUCUCAAAUUCAAAAAGUACAAGAUGUGUUUGUAAAACACUAUGCGCCCAGCAGCAACGAAGUUCGAAAAAACUAUUUUUAGCAUAUAGGUCACAAAGUCAUUGACCUUUGUGUCAUUUGAAAGAACUUAAUUAGUGUAGUAUGCAUACUAAAUAUGAAGUCUUUAUAUCUCUUUUGGUUCAAAAGUUAUGGCGAAGGUUCAAAAAGGAUACAUUUAAGGUCACAAGGCUAUUGAACUUGGUGUUAUUUGAAAGAGCUUAAUGAUAAUCAGUGGAGUAAGCAUACAAAAUAUGAAGUCCCUAUCUUUCAUGGCAAAGGUUAAAGUUUGCAGACAUUUAUAUCGACCAGGCUGCAUAAAAAUACUAUUGUCAUUCUAUACCCAGAUGUAACAAUAAUUUUACCCAGGUUUGAUAAGCUUCUAAGACCUAACAAAAAAAUAACUACCUCUUUUUUUUUUAUUUUUAUAGUGAUUACAAACAAUGGCUGCAGAUUCAGAUGAUGCUUUGUACACGUUCUUGGAAAGCCGCAAUGUGAAUACAGAGCUUAUGAAAAAGGAAAAGAUUGACCUAGCUGCAUUACGAGUUAUAGAUGAUAAAGAAUUGUCCAGCUUUAUACCACAUUAUGGUGACAGAGUGGCUCUUCGUUCUUAUAUAAAAAAGGAAGAUGACAAAAAAAAGAAAAAAUCAAAAGUUACAUUAGUAGCUUCAUUGAGGCAGAAGUUGAAGGACAUAAGGAGAACAAAGAAAUCAAAUGCCAAAAACCAGAUAUCAGAAAGUGAUUCUGAUGUAGAGGAAGGAAGUGAAAGUACAUGUACAAUCAAUCCUUAUAAAGGCAAUCAAAAUGCUACAAAGGAGACACGUAAAAUUAAACUUGGAAUUAAAUCAAAAUUGGACGAUACUUUUGUAACUAUAAGAGCAAAAAGAGGAGGAGGUCCAAGAGAAGUUACGGUUAAAAAAUCAUUCAAGAAGAAGGAACUUAUUGAGCAGGCCAAAGAAUUGUACUUUGGUAAAUCUGGUACAAGUAAACUAGGAUGUGUUGAUGACUUCUCAUUUGACAUGCAGAAUUUUGAGGAAGAUAUUCUUGAUGAUGAAAUAAGUGUUGGAAAGCUGUAUGAGCAGACAGGUUUAAGCAAACUAACAUUUUAUCUUCUUCUCAUUCCUACAUGUAAAUAUGAAGAUUUGCCAAUUAUACAAAGACCCAUCAAAAGACCGAAAACAACAAACAGCAGCAUUUCAGAUGAUGAUGAAAACUUGCCAGACCCAAGUGAAGUCACAAGCUUUGAUAUACUUUCUGAGGCAAUGUUGGCUGCUGAUGUACCAUUGUGCUUCCAGGAAACAAACAUUGUUACUGAUAAUGUUGAAGAUUCUACAUGCUUCAGUACAGUUCCAGCAACAUGUAUCAACCCAAAUCCUGCAUCCUGCAUCAGCACAGUCCAUUCUGAAGAACUUGUUUCCAUGAAUCCCCCAUUAUCUAUAAGAUCUAGUUCCAGCCAGCAUCUUGAAAACAUAGUACCUGCAGCAAUUACAGUGCCUCAAGAAUUUCCACUCAAAACGGACAAAGUUCUUAGAAUCCAUAGAGUGACCUUGUUGGAUGAAAUGCUUGUAUUUUUUAAAGAUCCAGAGAUAAUGAACAAGGAUAUCACAUUUGAAUUUGUUAGUGAGCGUGGUUCAGAUAUGAAUGGAGUGUCAAGAGAUGCUUAUUCUGCAUUCUGGGUUGAAUUUUUCAGGCGUUCAGCUGAAGGGGAAGAAUCCAGAGUACCUGCCCUGAACUCAAAAUGGCAAGGGGAUGAAUGGCAGGCUAUUGGGAGAAUAUUUGCCAAGGGUUUUGUUGAUCAAAAUGUUUUUCCCAUACAGAUGUCACCAGUAACUACUAUAGUAGUUUCAUUUGGUGAAGCAUCAGUGACUGAUAAAAUUCUAAAUGAUGCUUUCCUCAACUUCUUAAGCAAAACAGAAAGAGAGACUCUAUCCUUGGCUUUGAAUAAAGAGACUUUUGAUGAUGAAAUGCUUGAUGACCUGCUUGACUUGCUAGACAGGUUUUCAUGCAAGCAAAGACCAACAAAAGAAAACUUACCAAGCCUGUUAAGCAAAAUAGCACACAAAGAGCUCAUCCAAAAACCUAAAUAUGCCACAGACAACAUGGCUUUUGGGUGCAGAGAUGUUUUACUCUCGCGCUUUCUCUCAGUUGAGAGAAUAAUAAAUACUUACCAAGAGAUGGAGCCCACAGCAAAAAAAGUGUUGAAAAUGAUCAAGGCCUCUCCAAAAGAAAACAACGAAGCGACAUCAUUACGAUUUCUGCAACAAUACAUAAGAGGCCAAAAUAGUGCGUCCUUGAAAAAACUCCUAAGAUUUUUAACUGGCUCAGAGGCCAUUACCGUGGAAAAGAUAGAGGUGACCUUCACCCAACUAGACGGGCUUGGUCGAAGACCAAUUGCCCACACGUGUGGACCUGUCUUAGAGCUACCCAGUACCUAUUUAAGCUAUCCAGAGCUUAGGAAUGAAUUGGACAGCAUAUUAGCAGAUGAUUCUUGUUUUGUAAUGAAUAUUGCCUGAGUUGUUCAGAUCAAAAUUGUCUAUUGUUAAUUAUGUGGCCCAUAGGCCUCUGGAUUGUAGCAGUUCUGUGUUUCUUCUGCUAAAAUAAUUUGUGUGCAUUUUGAUUAUGAAUUUAUAGAACAAGGAGUUGAAUGUUGUUUCAUGAAACUGUUUAUAGAGACAAGGGCUCAAAUCAUUAUAUUCAAGUACUUAAAAUGUCAUGCAAUCAUCUACAAAAGUUAAACAUACUGGUAACAUGAAACCAAUUUUGAAAAUAUGUACAUUUUUAUUUUAAUUUCUUUUGUUUAGAAGUAUGUUUGAGUUAACUUCUUGUACUUGCACUAUUUGAACUUGUGAUUUCCUGACUUGUGAUUCCCUGAAUAUUUUUUUUCAUUGUUCCUCUUAAACAAAAGGGUAGAUUACUCUAUUACUGCUUUAAACUAGGGAGCAGUACAUGUUUUGAGCUUCUUAAACAUGCAUGAUUAGAUCUUUACAUUUUUUAUGUCUGGAUAAAUUCAUUGCUAUAUAUAAGGGGUUACCAUUUUUCAACAUAUUUGUCGGAUACACUUUUUAAAUCCAUGUCUGAAAUGGUAUACCCAUAUUUCUUGUUUUCUUUGUUUAAUUGCACACCCAAGAAGGGUCUCAGGGGGUCAUACUUGACUAUAACCCAAAGACUUUCAUUUUGAUGUUUGUCUAAUUUGAAGAAAAAAAGAAUGUCAGUUUUAACCCAAGCCAUGCAGGGAAAUGUGAUCAGUGGGCUUUUUUUUCUGUGCACAUUUUUGGCUCUACUGGUCAGAUUCGAUGAAUGGUGUCACCAUGAUUACUUAAAAUAGAAAUUUUCAUGAAAAUAGUUUCAAAACUAUACUUCUCCUACAGUUUUGGUUUGAUAUCUAUAAAAUUUGGCAUACGAGUAGACUACACUAAGGUACAUAAAUUAAUUCUAUUUAUUGCUGCCUUUUCUUUUAUUAUACCUAGACCAGUAGAGCUACAGUCUCACCAGAGACUUCUGAUUAUGAAAGUGAUUGAAAGAUGAUUCAUUAGUUUGCUUUUUAUUUGAGUGUUUCUAAUAAACAGUGACAAUUUUUAUAGUUCACUUUUCAUUUAAAACAUUUGACAGAGGAAGACAUAUCUAGAAAAAGUAAAGUCAAAUUUGAUACUUGUGGUGUAAAUGUUUGAAUGUAAACAUAUACCGGUAGUUUUAAUGAUGAUGUUUUAUAAAUUUAAGUUCCAGGUCUUUCACUUUUAAUAAGUGUGUCAAUGUUGAUGAAGCAUAGAUCUGUCCAUUUGAGUUAUUCUUGUUUCUAUGGUGUUGGGCCAUAUAUUUUAAGAAUUGAC